CUGCAUUUCUCCCUCAGCAGUUUCACCUCUUGGUUUUAUUGCCAGCACCCUGAAGAUCUGCUGGUAAUAUUCUGCUUUUCACCUUCUUUACUCCUCCAAUUUUUUUCUGAAUUCUUUGCUUCAAUAAUUUAAUUAAUUGUUUUGUUUCCACUCCCACUAAUUUCCAGAGUAACUGAAUAAAUAUUUGUUGGUUUGGAAAAGCCAAAAUUGCUCAGUUCUGUAAUCCAGAGAAAUUCUGGUAAGGCUCCAACUUUCAGGGCAGAUGCAGAAACAUCUCCUGCGCCUCCAAAACUACCCCCCAAUGGACUUAGUGACUGUUAGAUCCACUUGGAAGGAGCAACAGAGCCUGCAAGUUGUGAAGCAGAUCCUGUCAUUCUGACUAAUGGGAAGGAAAAGCUAACCCUGCCUCCAGAUAAUACCAUUCUUGCUCUCCAGUCACUUCCAGCAGCGGGAAGCUAAUGGAUUUAUGCUAGGCUCUCUCUCACUCACAGAAGAGAGAUGAUUAACACUUGCCUGGGUAUAGCUUAUUAAGAAAUACAACAACAAAAGAACUGUCUGUCAAUUGUGUUACGAGGGAGCAAGGAGCCCAGGAAGGUGAGAGUGGAGAAAUCUCAAAUUCUUGUUAUUUAGGAAACAGAGUUGGGUUUCUUGUCAUGUGGUUGAGAAGGGCUUAAAUACCCUCUAAAAAAGGGGUUCAAUGGCUGAAAUACAGGUACUACUUAUCUUGGCAAUGUUGGUCAGUUGUGAAGUAGUUAGAAUUGAGGGCAAAAAAGAAACUCUUACACUGGCAGUGGUCCUUCCCAAAAGUAACACAGUUUAUCCCUGGGCAUGGCCAAGAGUGGGUCCAGCUAUCGAAUUGGCAAUAGAAAGGGUUAACAGAGACCAAAACCUUCUUCCAGAUGUCCAUUUGCAACAUUUAGUUGGUAACAGCGAAGAUAAGAAGGGAAAUUGCUCAGAAUCAAUUGCCCCUCUAGUGGUAGUAGACUUCCAAUUUACCUACCACCCAGAUGUGUUCCUAGGACCAGGGUGCACAUAUUCCACUGCCCCUGUGGCUCGAUUUGCAAGUCAUUGGAAGGUUCCCCUGAUUACUGCAGGGGCAUCUGCCUUUGGUUUUGAUGAAAAAUUUGAGGAGUACCAAUUCAUUACCAGGACUGGACCAAUCUACACCAAGUUGGGGAAGUUUGUGGCACAGAUUCAACAGCAGUUCAAUUGGAAUAGUCGAGCCAUGGUAGUCUACCUUGAAGAUAAGGAAGAUCGUACAAACUAUUUCACCAUAGAGGGGUUAUUCAUAGAACUACGAAAAUUUAAUAAUUUGACAGUGGUUGACAUCAGUUUUAAAGAAGAAGAUCCGAACUACACUUUAAUCACUCAAGCCAUCAAACAAAAGGCAAGAAUUGUCUACAUUUCCUGCAGUCCAGACAAGUUUCGUGAAUUCAUUCUGCAUGCCUGGCGUCAAGGCUUCUGUUCAGGUGACUAUGCCUUCUUCUACAUAGACAUGUUUGGUGCCAGUCUAAAGGGAUCCAGCUAUCCAGACCCCAAACAACCCUGGCAUAGAGGGGACUUAGAGGAUGCCAACGCCAGAGAGGCAUUUAAGGCAGUGAUGAUCGUCACAUACAGAGAACCGGACAGCAAAGAGUACAAGGGUUUCCUCAAGGACCUCAGAAAUUAUGCUGCUAAAAACCUCAACUACACGAUUGACCAGAGUCCGAUUGCGGCAGUAGCAGCAGCAUUUUAUGAUGCAGUGUUUCUCUAUGCUCAUGCUGUUAAUGAGACAAGGGCCAAGGGCUACAGUAUGAAGAACACAUCUGCAAUUCUCAAACAUAUGUGGAACAGAACCUUCCAUGGGGUGACUGGAUUCAUGAAGAUUGAUGACAAUGGUGAUUCUGAGAAUAAUUAUUUGUUGUGGGACCUAUAUGAGCCACUUGGAGAAUUUCAGGUUGUAUCUGUUUACAAUGGGACAACGAGAAGCAUUUCCCCUGUACCUGGCCGGGAGAUUCAGUGGCCUGGAAACCGGAUCCCAACAGACACCCCUCCCUGUGGAUUUGAUAACAGUAACCCGGAGUGUUUGAAAGCCAGCUUCUCCAUCCUGGAAAUCAUGUCUAUAGUGAUUUGCUUCAUCUUGCUGGCAAUCAUUAUAUCCUCCAUCUUCAUAUACAGGAAGUUACGCCUCGAGAAGGAGCUGGCUGCAGAACUGUGGAGAGUCAGGUGGGAGGACAUCCAGACUAGUAACUUGGAAAAGACCUUGCGCAGGGCAGGCAGCAAACUCACCCUAUCUCUGAGAGGUUCUAACUAUGGGUCCCUGCUGACCACAGAAGGUCAGUUUCAAGUUUAUGCCAAGACUGCGUAUUACAGGGGUAACAUUGUGGCUGUCAAACAUAUAAAUCGCAAGAGGAUAGAACUAACUCGAGAAGUGCUGUUUGAACUGAAACAUAUGAGGGAUGUGCAGAAUGAACAUCUUACACGCUUUGUGGGGUCCUGCAUUGACCCGCCAAAUGUAUGCAUCCUGACCGAGUACUGUCCCAGAGGCAGCCUGCAGGAUAUUUUGGAGAAUGAGAGCAUCACUCUGGAUUGGAUGUUCAGAUACUCGCUGAUUAACGACAUUGUGAAGGGGAUGCUCUUUCUACAUAACAGUGUCAUUAUGUCCCAUGGAAAUCUGAAGUCUUCUAACUGUGUGGUGGACAGUCGCUUUGUUCUGAAGAUCACUGAUUAUGGUCUUGCAAGCUUCCGUUGUUCUCUGGACUCUGAAGACUCACAUGCUUUCUUUGCCAAAAAACUAUGGACAGCACCUGAGCUUCUGCGCAUGGAGAAUCCACCUCCCCAAGGCACACCGAAAGGAGACGUCUACAGCUUUGGAAUAAUUCUUCAGGAGGUUGCACUGCGCAAUGGAGUCUUCUACUCUGACAAUGUGGAAUAUAGUCCCAAAGAAAUAAUUGAACGGGUCAAAAGCCAUGAGAAGCCAAGUUUUAGACCUUCCACCAACUUGUACUGUCACAUCCAGGAGGUAGGGCAGCUAAUGCAAAAAUGCUGGAGUGAAGACCCACUGGAGAGGCCAGACUUCAACCAAAUAAAAGUGCUGCUACGCAAAUUCAACAGAGAGAACAGCUCUAAUAUUCUGGACAACCUGUUGACUCGUAUGGAGCAAUAUGCUAAUAACCUGGAGGAACUGGUGGAGGACAGGACCCAGGCCUACCUGGAGGAGAAACGCAAGGCUGAGGCCCUUCUGUACCAGAUUCUGCCACAUUCCGUGGCUGAGCAAUUGAAAAGAGGAGAGACCGUCCAGGCAGAGGCGUUUGACAGUGUCACCAUUUACUUUAGUGAUAUAGUGGGUUUUACAUCGCUGUCUGCAGAGAGCACUCCUAUGCAGGUGGUCGCCCUGCUCAAUGAUCUGUACACAUGCUUUGAUGCUAUAAUAGACAACUUUGAUGUUUAUAAGGUAGAGACAAUAGGUGAUGCUUACAUGGUGGUCUCUGGUCUGCCAGUCCGUAAUGGAAAGCUGCAUGCACGAGAGAUUGCUCGUAUGUCACUUGCUCUCCUUGAUGCAGUUAAGACUUUCAAAAUCCGACAUCGACCAAACCAACAGCUCCGACUACGGAUUGGGAUCCACACUGGUCCAGUAUGUGCUGGUGUUGUGGGACUCAAGAUGCCCCGAUAUUGCUUGUUUGGGGACACUGUGAACACAGCUUCACGUAUGGAGUCUAAUGGAGAAGCCCUUAAGAUUCAUGUGUCCACUGAGACAUGUAGUGUCCUAGAAGAAUUAAAUUGCUUUGAGCUGGAGUUGCGGGGAGACGUGGAGAUGAAGGGGAAAGGUAAAAUGAGAACCUACUGGUUAAUAGGAGAGAGAAGCGACAGCAACUCCCAUGUGUGACUCCAAGAAUCAUCACCUCCAUAGGGACUUGUGAUAUGGGGGAACCCCUCACAAUGAAAGUGUUUGUGCCUCUAGGAUAUGACUCUCUGAUCACUCAAAACCAUAAUAUGGGAUGUGGUCCAACUCUUCAUUAUGGAACCACAAGACAAAGAGCAUGGUGAAGUGAUCAAGAACAUGCUUCAAUAUGGUGGCUACUGGCAACAGAUCCUGUUUAUUCAUUGACACAAGACAACAAACUAACUGGUGACCUUUUUAAAACUUGUAUGCAGGACUUACAAGGUGUCACUUAAUUCUCCUCCCAUAAUCCAAAAAUUAGAUGAGUGUGUCUGCUUGGUGGGUAUUGCAGAUUUAAUCCUUCGCCCAGUAUGGGAAAGCAAAACCUAAGCAGGUAAUCCAAAGAACAUGAAACUUACCCUGUUUCACAAAGCACACUUGAAUUGCUGGUAUGGGGAAGGAACACUGAAUCAGGACAGUUUGUGCAACUAGCACAAAAACACAUUGUACAGUCCACAAAUGUGAAGUGCAUAAUCCUUAUUUUACUUCUAUAAAAAUUUCUACAUUCUGUUAAACUAAUGGGCUCUCAAAAUGCAAAACCUUUCAUUCUGAACAUGAAGGUGAAAGACUGGGCUCAGCCAGGUGAGAGACAAGCAAUAAGAUGAUUAAGGAAAAUAAGCUGUAGGGUGCAAAAGAGGGAUGUGUGUGCAGGCAGACAAGGCAGAAAGAGGCUCCAGGAAGAUAGGAUGCCAGAGGUAGAGAGGAUUGGGAUGGCUAAUAUGCUAGAGAAAAAAUACAUGGUAAAAGAACUGGAUCACAGGAAAGGUUAGUUGGCUAUAGGCCUAUUGCUGAAAGUGCCUGCAGGUGGCUCAUGCCAAGAUAAGGUUUCAGGUAAGAUUAUAAUGGAGAGGGUGUUCAGGGCUGUAACGAAAUGUGAAAAAUGCUGUCUGAUCAAGUGGAAAGAAAGGUUAAAAACUUGCAAUACAAGUGGAUAGAAGUUAUGGGAUGGUAAUAUUAACAGGUGGGGCAGGGCUGCAGGAGGGCCAGCAGAACAAAGACUAAGAUCCGGGAAUGUGCAAGAACAAGGUUCAAAAUUACAAAGGCAUAACAUUGACAAAAUGUUCCAGCAGUCCCUUAUUCAAACAUCAUAUAUAGUCACACAGAGUUAAAGGGAGAAAAAUGUAUAAUAGAUGGAUAGGAUUGCUGACAUGAUUAAUGGCAAUUUGAUCAGGGUCAUACAGUUGUUUAGAACUUGAUGCUACAAGUGAAUGAAAAAGAAUAAUAGACAUUAUUAAAAAGUUACAGGCUACUGACCAGUCAACCAGAAAGGGGGAAGAGAUUCUGCUAUCCAAUAAGGCUUAGUGGGGGAGAAGCUACAAGAUAUCUAAAGGGAUAGAUGCUGCAUAUCAAAGACAACUUGUGGUUCCAGGCCAGAUGUUGUGUGAAUGGGUACUUAUUGUAUGAUGUAUGCCAAAGGAUUCAGAUGUGAACUCAGGCCACCAUGCUUGUACAAGAUAGUGCAUUCAUGGAAUGAGUGGGUGCAAACAGCUAUGGUAAUAAAAAAGGUUUCCAACACUGGAUGCCACCUUUAGGAAUUGUAGGAUGGAUACUGUACAAAAAGCAUAUAUUGCAGAAUUAUAAUUGUGGAAGAAUUUAAACAAUUUUAUUAAAAAAAAAGUUCACCAGGA